UAAUCUGUCAAUGUCAAACGGAUUCAAAAUUGUGCAUGUCACUCGCGAAUCGCUGCAUUUAUUGUUUUGCUGUUUCAUUAUCGUUAAAACUCCACUUUCUUUCGUACAAAUAAGAUGUUGAACGUCGAAGGAAACUUCCCCGAGUAUGCUGUGCCCGGCGCCGUGCAGCACCGCUUCGAGCCGUACGCGGACAACGGCGGCAGUGUGGUGGCCAUCGCCGGCGACGACUACGCGGUCAUCGGCGCCGACACGCGGCUCAGCACCGGCUACUCCAUCUACACGCGCGAGCAGAAGAAGCUGUUCCAGCUGGGCGCGCGCACCGUGCUGGGCGCCACGGGCUGCUGGUGCGACACGCUGACGCUCACGCGCCUGCUGACGGCGCGCCUGCAGAUGUACCAGCACGAGCACAACAAGCCCAUGUCCACGCCCGCCGUGGCGCAGAUGCUGUCCACCAUGAUGUACUACAAGCGCUUCUUCCCGUACUACGUGUCCAACGUGCUGGCGGGGCUGGACGCGGAGGGCAAGGGCUGCGUGUACAGCUACGACCCCAUCGGCCACUGCGAGCGGUCCAACUACCGCGCGGGCGGCUCGGCCGGCGCGCAGCUGCAGCCGCUGCUCGACAACCAGAUUGGCCUCAAGAACAUGCAGAAUGUGGAGAAAGUCCCCUUCCCCAAGGAGAAGGCCCUAGCUCUCAUCAAGGAUGUUUUCAUCAGUGCAGCCGAGAGAGACAUCUACACUGGAGACAGUAUUUACAUGCUCAUCAUCACAGCUGAUGGUAUACAGGAGGAGAAGUUCGAAUUGCGUAAAGAUUAGUUUUGUAAAGUUAUAUGAAUAAAGAAUUUUAAUACUA